AGGGCUGGCUGGCUAGGUGGUGGUCAGUGCUUGUGAGGCCGGGGUGAGAAAUGGUUUGUUUGUUUGUUUUGUUUUGUUGUUGCGGCUGGCUUCAGAUGCUGCUGUUGCAAGGUGCUUCGGUGUAGCUUUGUGGAGCGCCAUGGCCCCGCUCUCUUGGUGAAACCCUAGGCAUUGCGGGACAUGGAGGUGGGCCGGGUUAUUGUGGUGAUGAUCCAGGGCAGCGAGGUCUGGGGUUGGGGUUUCAUUGUGAGGUGAGGAGAGGUGAGGCGGGCGCAGCAGCUCCAGGAGGGAAGCGGAGGGCGGAGGGCGGGGGAUUGGUGAGUCGGAAGGAAGGUUGAGAGGGAUGGAGCGGGGAGGGGAGGUAGAAUACGGGGGGAUGAUGGAGAUGGGGGAUUUCAUGUCGGAGAACGACGACGGGGAGGGGCUGAUGAUGCAGGACGGUGAGGAGACGAGCGACGAGGAGAUGGACGUUGAUGAGUUGGAGAAGAGGAUGUGGCGCGACAAGAUACGGUUGAAGAGGAUCAAAGAGCUUCGAAAGGAUAGGGAGAUGCGGGGCGGGGUAGGUGGCGAUGGGAGGCACGGAAGUGUUGGAGAUGGCGAGAGAGGGGGAGUGAUGACGAAGCAGCACAAGCAGAGCCAGGAGCAGGCUAGGCGGAAGAAGAUGAGUCGGGCGCAAGACGGAAUUCUCAAGUAUAUGUUAAAGAUGAUGGAGGUUUGUCAGGCGCAGGGAUUCGUUUACGGGAUUAUCCCGGAAAAGGGAAAGCCUGUGAGUGGAGCGUCGGACAACAUUCGUGCAUGGUGGAAAGAGAAGGUGAGAUUUGAUCGGAAUGGGCCUGCUGCGAUCGCCAAGUACCAGGCAGAUCAUGCUCUGCCGGGUAAGCCUAAAGGUAACGUCAGUACAGCUCCUACUCCUCACACUUUGCAGGAGCUUCAGGAUACGACGCUAGGUUCGUUGCUGAGUGCACUGAUGCAACAUUGUGAUCCUCCUCAACGGAGGUAUCCCUUGGAAAAGGGGGUGCCACCGCCGUGGUGGCCAUCCGGAGAGGAGGAAUGGUGGCCUCAGCUAGGAUUGCCUAAGGGGCAAGGAGCGCCACCAUAUAAAAAGCCCCAUGACCUGAAGAAGGCCUGGAAAGUUGGUGUUCUUACUGCCGUCAUCAAGCACAUGUCUCCGGACAUUGCAAAGAUUCGCAAGCUUGUUCGACAGUCGAAGUGUUUACAGGAUAAGAUGACCGCCAAGGAAAGUGCCACAUGGCUGUCGGUGUUGAACCAGGAGGAAGGGCUUGCUCGGCAGCAGAGCGGGGCAGGAGGUAGCGUAGGCACUCCUGGGUACCAGAAUGGUGGUGGUGUUGCCGGGAACAGUUCAAAUGAGUUUGACGUGGAUGGAGUAAAUGAUUCUCCUGCAGGUCUCUCGGGGAGUGACGAAGGUCAGCAUGUGGAAACGGAUGAUUACGAGCCCUUUGCGGGCAGCCGACCUGCCUUUUCUGCGGCCAAGGGUGGCGCGGACAGGGAUUCUGAUUCCUUGGACUCGGUAUAUGAUAAGUCAUCGAUUAAAUUGCAAGAUGGGGAUGUGGUGGAUGAUGGGAGGAAGAAAAGGUCAUCUGGCGAAGCUCAAAGUAUGGAGCAGCGGGUUUAUAUGUGCCCCCAUACUAAUUGCAAGCACAGCGAAUGGCGGAAUGCAUUUGUGGAUCGAGAGCUUCGCAACAUGCACCAAUCGUCGUGCAUGUUUAGGCCUGUUGCCCCUGCUUCCGGAAAUAAUAGCAUGUACUCUGGGAAUUCGCAGGCUCAGGGGCUGAGUGGUGAUGGACUUUACCAAUUCGGAGGAAUGGCUGGUAGUCACGUGGGAGUGGCGCAUGCGGGGGCAAGCUACGCUCCUAUCACACUUCCUGUACCCGUUCAAAAUAUGUCUUCAAUGCCAAAUUUGCAAAACAUGCAAGGUGGUAAUGGCGAUCGCCAACCAAUCCAUGAUUUGUUUGCUACUUUGUACGGGGCUGAUGGAAUGCAUCCUGGAGACGGGCGACACAGUGGUAUUGACGGGUCUGAGAUCAAUAACGGCCUUCUAGCAAUUGAAAACUGUAUGGUGAAUCAUCAGCAGCGACAGAUGGAGACCACAGACUUUGUGGCCGAUGAUAACAUGUUUGGGCAGAGUUUCGGUGAGGGUCCAAAUGUAGCGGAUGUUAGUUUGGAGAAUCAGGGCUGUUUGCCGAAGGAUGGUAAGGUUUUUGAGCACACGUUCGAUCAUCAUCAAGGUGUCGAGCUACCAUCAGAGUACAACUUUAGCACUCCAUUUGAUAUAGGAAUUGAGCCCUCUGUGCCAAUGGGGCCUGCCUCCAUAGAUCAUUUACUUGAGGAGGACUUCAUAUGGUAUUUCGGUGCAUAGAAGUCUACCAACUGAAGGCACAUGAUUGUGAUCUUCGCUUUGGAAGCUGGAGUGAGGGACUAGAUUGAGAUCUAGAUAGGGUUUAGCUGGUGCUGUCUAAAGGCAGCACAUCAGAAUGUAUAUCAUAGCAAGUGCUCUGAGUUGGAGCUGGGAGUUUUCUUCGAGCCUGGUGGAGCGGCCUGUGUUGCGAAAGUGGGGAACACAGGCUGUUGAUAAGUUUGUCGGGAUAGUGAAAAGGAAAGAGAGGCGAUGGUCUUUUAAUGUUCGCGGAUGCAAUGGACGCCAAGGCGGGUGAAGAGCAUUAUCCUGAAAAGUGCUGGUCAAGGAGGCGCAGAUGGGCAUGUGUUUCUGUAUGAUAGAGCAAGCGCGCUCUCAUUCUUGUACUAUAUAUCAUCAUUGGUAUCUACAUUGGAGUGGAAAGGGACUCAGUCCUAGUGCUGGAAAACGACUUGUUAUCCGAUGUGGGUGCUGCAUCCUGCAACCUUUGGCAGCCUUUAGUGGGAUGUAACAUAAUCUCGUAUUUAAUGCAAGCGUGGGUGCUUCUUUAAUGUCAUUUA